ACAGAUAAAAAGAAAGGGGGUUUUGGGGCGAGGAGAAGAGGUUUAAGAAGAAGCAGAAAUGGUGUUUUCAUGUGUUAAUGGUGGCAGUAGUGGUGGGAGUGGGAUUAUGAUACUGGAGAAAACACUUCUUCCAUUUCAUCCCUUUAACACCACCACCAUUAACAAAUUUACUAACAAAAGUUUGGUUCAAAAAAUUAUAUCCCCAUUAUCAAAUUUGAAACUUCUCCCACAACAAUCAUCAUCAGCUAAGUUUCUAGCACAAUCUCUUCAAACGUCUAUUCCUUUUAAGAAAAACAGGGAUGGGGUUUCUUCAUUCAUCUCCUGCUGCUCUUCCACUGAUGAAAAUUACCCAAAUUCAUCAUUUUCAACCACCACCACCACCACCACCACCUCUCCUACUGCAACAGCGACAGCCUCAACCUCAGCUCCUCCAUUGCUAAGGAAAAGAAAGAGAUAUAGGAAGCAAUACCCUGGUGAAAACGAAGGUAUUGUUGAAGAAAUGAGAUUUGUUGCCAUGAAACUCCGUAACGAUAACGCCAACAACAAUACCGGUGAUAGAGAUAGCGAUGGUGAUGAAUCAGAAGAAGAAAGGGAGUCAUCAGAUGAGGAGGCCAAGGAGGAAGUAGAGGAUAGGAGUGGUGAGACAUGGAUCCCAAGUAUUGAAGGAUUCGUCAAAUACCUUGUGAACAGCAAGCUUGUUUUUGAAACCCUAGAAAGGGUUGCUUAUGAAUCUGAAGAUGUUGCUUAUACAUACUUUAGGAGGACAGGAUUGGAGAGAUCAGAAGGGCUUAGAAAAGAUUUAGAAUGGUUUCAACAACAAUAUAACAUAGAGAUUCCACCGCCUAGUAGUCCUGGUGUCUCAUAUGCUGAGUAUUUAGAGAAUUUAGCAAAAACAAGUCCUCCUUUGUUUCUCUGCCAUUUCUAUAACAUUUACUUCGCACAUAUCUCUGGGGGACAAGUUAUUUCCAAACAGGUGUCUGAGAGGAUUCUUGAAGGAAGGGAGUUGGAAUUCAACAGAUGGGAAGAGGAAGCCCCGGAGUUGUUGAAAGCUGUCAGAGAGAACCUCAACAAGCUUGGAGAGCACUGGACCAGGGAUGAGAAGAACAAGUGCUUAAGAGAAGCAGCAAAGUCAUUCCGCUUUCUAGGCCAGAUUGUCCGGUUAAUCAUUUUGUAAUGCUAGCGCCAAAGUUCUAGCCUUCAUGAGUUCAUAUGAGGUAGCUGAUUUACAAUCUUCCUCGAGUCAGGUGUGAAGCAGGCCAGACUAAGAAAGAUCCGUGUAUGGUUUGACCCCCAGACUCCUUAAUCCUGUCUAAAUAGAUAACCAUUCUGUCACUGCUUUUGUGAAAUUAAUCAUUCAGAUUUUUGAAUCUCAGUAGAGUCGAUUCUAAUCAUGCAGAUUUUUUUGGUCGACAUUUGACAGACAGAGUUGAAUAAUUGAGGUGGUUUAUUACAACGUAGGAUGAGAUUUCAGUUGUGGAUUAGAUCCACAUAUCCCGUCUGAAAUCUGAAGAACCAAAAUAAAACCAUGAAAGAUCCGAACUUUUUGUAUGUGUCUUAUUAUAAUCAAAUCCCAUUUGUCAAUAAAAUAAUUUACAGUAGCAUUUUCUUUCAUCUUUUUUUAUUAUAACAAUUUUGUCUGUUAACAACCUAAAUCGGGCUAAAAUGACUCUCCCAAUGUCAUUGUCCGUAAGUUACAAUUCCAAAGAUUUGGAAAUGUGAAGAAGAACAAGAACAAAAACAAAAUUAAAAUUUUCUCAUACGCAAGAAAAGUCUUCCUCUUUGAUAUUUCUGCUCUCCAUUUUUGUGAGGUACCCGUUACAGCCCGUUCUUGAUACGCAACAGGCAAUGCCAAUGAGCAUCGGCAUGAGCCGUCCAAUGUCCAUACUCAAGUAGAUUCGAGUAUAUGAUGACGAUGAUGGUGGUGUGCCAGGUCAUGUAGUCAAGAGUUGGGACAGAAAAAGAAACCAAUUUCCGGAAGUAGAGGACAGGGGAGAGAAACAAAAAAAGAAAGAAAGAAAUGAUCCAAAUCUAAAUUUAAGAUUUAGUUAUUGUUGUUCUUGUCUUCGUUAUUAUUAAGAUUUAGUUAUUGUUUCUGGAAACAAAUUUUAGUUGUUGAUUUGGUUCAUCUUUCUUAAUCAGCUCUUUAAAGUUUCUAAUCAGCUCUUGGACAUACUUUCCGAGUUUACAGAAAGGAAACAACUCUUAUUAGCAGCAAUACCAAAAAAAGGAGAGAGCGUCAAAGUGUUAAUAAUGAUAGUGUCCUUCAUCACGAGGAAUA